AGUCAGUAUUGGUUUUGGUUUCGUUUAGUCGUCGGCCAUUGCCCACUGGCAUUUGCAUUAAUUGUGUUGCAUAUAGUAGUACAGUACAUUCAUUAUGUGGUGUUUAUUGUAGAACAAUUUAGACGUAAUUCGCGAUUUUUUAUUCUUUCGGAGUUUUAUUCAGAGUAGCUGGCUGUCCUUCUUCAUUAGAAUUUGUAAACUGGGUACAAAUCACAUUUAAUUGAUCUUGAAAAAAAGUUUCUAAACCUGAAAAUUAUUGUGUGCUUGCCUUUUGGUGACUGCUUAUAUGAAGAAAUGAAAAGACGUGGAACAAGUCGACGUCAGGUCUUGGAUCUUGACACUAAAACUAGUAGUUCUCCAAAAAGAUCUUGGCAAACCAAGUAUCAGCAGAUCUGUUUGGACCACAAAAACAGUAAAGGAAGCUCUACAAUAGUAGCACAAAAUGGUGCAGACAACCAAGAAAAGAAGCUUCCUCAGCUAGUUGGGUAUGCAUCAGACAGCGAAAGUGAUGAGGCUAAAACCACAAACCAGGAUCUAGACGCAAAAGUUGAGGAUUUCUUAAAGGAGAUAUCUGAUAUUAUUCCUGGAGAGGUAACUGAACACAAAAGGAGUGCAGUUAAAACAACUGAAAGAGACGAGAGCUUAAGAAACCCUGCAAAAAGUACUAAAUCAAAAACAAAAUCUUCAGUUGGUCCUAAACCAAUGGUAGACCAGGAAAAAGAGAUUAGUAAAGUAGAAGAUAAUUUAAACACACAACCUACAAUUGCCUGGCAAGAGUGCUAUGAUGAGAGCAGUGGCUGCUACUAUUACUGGAAUACAGAAUCUAAUGAAGUGACAUGGGAAAUGCCUCCAGAACUGCGAGCGUAUCAGAUAGCAUUGGAACAAUGGAAUGCACAACAACUAAUGCUUGCUCAGCAAGCAGCUGGAGGUGUGUUACCAAUGUACAUGAACCAGCCACAUGCAGUUCCGUCAAGUCAACAUCAUCAAAAAAAAUUCCACACAACCAAGUCUGUAGAGAAAACAAAAAAUAAGAGGUUGAAAUCAAACAGUGACUCUGAGGACGAAAAAAUAGAACUAAUAACGUCGUAUGGUCCAACCUCUGACGAGGAGGAUUCUGCUGCACUGUCACCUGCACCCUCUUUUAAGAAAAAGAAGCUUGAGUCUGCUAAAACAACAGCAAAGAAAGAAAGCAAGGAGGAAAUGGCAAUAGGUCCUCAGUUGCCCCCAGACUAUUAUACACUGAUGGAUGAAGAUGAAGACGAAAGAGACAAGGAGGGGGAACCAGAACCGAGGCCUCCCGGCGUAGAGGAUGACGAGGGGGAAAGGUUACUGACUCCCACCCCUGACCCCCAAGUAAUACCUGCCAGUCAACCAACUGCUGAUGAUAGUGGCAAGAUAUCAAAUCUUCGGAGAUUAAAAACACUAAAAAACAAGGGUUCUGAUGACUGUUCUAAUGGAGAAGGUAAUUCUUCUUCAGAUGAAGAAAAGGAGGUGGAGAGUGGUAAUAAGAAAGUUGUUAACAGUGAUGAAGAUGACGAGGUUGAGGACACAAUUCUUGAAAGGCUUAAAAAUCAAGCCAAAAUUUUGCAAGAGUUAGGUGGUGAAAUUCCUGAAGAAAUAAGAGAACUUAUUAAACCACCUCAAGAUACUGAAGUAAAUGUACCUUCCCCAUUACUUAUUUCAAAAGAGAUAGAGACAAAAUCAAAUGAAAUAGUUAUUAAAAAUGAAAUAUCUGAAGUAAUUAAAAUAAAUAACGUAAUAGAGAAAUCUGAGAAGACUCAGAACUCAGAGAGUUUAAAAGUAUCACAAUCAUUUGCGAUGCCAGAUCAGAGUAAAGACAAUAAUAUUGAGAAAAUUCUUCCAAAACCGAUAAGCAAUAAUACAAAGAUAGAAGAAAUACUUCUUAAAGAAAAGGCUCCUACUUCAUUUUCUUUAAUUGCUGGUUAUGGAAAUGAAGACGAUUCAGAAAUAGAAGAGGAUAAGGUAGAAGAUAAACCAAAGGACAAUGAUAAGCCAAAACCUUUGUUUCCUAUUUUGGGUUGUGAAAAUGAAAAACCUCAGAGUAAAAGCUCAAAAGUUAAAGUAAUUAAACUGUCAGCAAAAGCUAAGGAACUAAUACACUCAAGCACAACAACAGGCAGAGCAAGAGCUACAGACUUCAUUACAACAUCAGAAGGUCUUCGGCCUGCAGGAUCUAUUACUAAAGAAAAUGAAGAAGAGAUCUCUCGAACUGAUAGUAAGGUAGAAUUUUCAGAACCAUUGAAGAAACUAUCAAGAAAAAAAAGGAUUGAAAUACCAGUUGUAACAAAAGAGGAGAAACCUAUUCUGCCAAAAAUAAGUGUAACUUGUGAUACACAAAACAUCACAAAUGAUGCACCAAAAGUUGUUAAAAAUCCUGAAGCAACAGAAAGGCCGGCAACCAUGCCUUAUAUCACUGCAUGGAAUUAUAACAGUGAAUUGGAAAGAGGAGAGCAUAGAGGUUUUGGUUACGGUUAUGAUUACAUUUCUGAUAAAAAACCAUCAACAACUGUGAAAAAGGGAAUGAUUCAAUUUGUAAAAGCGGAUACAUUGUUGCCCCAAAUUGCACCUGUAGUCACUCUACAUGAAAAGAAAGAACCCGCCAAAGAAGAAAUAAAACAAGAGGAUGAAGCCCAAAAGCUACAGAUGGAACAAACAACAGAGCUGGCUCAAGUAAUUUCAGAAAAAGUGAAGUUCCUGUGUGAAGGAAAGGAGGCUGUACCCCCAGUGCAGGUUAUGGCAAUCCAACUUGAGACCCUGGUGGCAGCAUUGGAUGCAGGAGGGUUGAGUGCCAAAUAUAUGUGGGAGUGGUUGACAUCAGUGGACAGUCAGCUGGCCAGUCUAGAGCAGGCUGCGGCCCCACUAGGCUGGCAAUGUCAAUGGGAUAGAUCGUACAAGCGAUAUUUCUAUCGGAAUGAGGAAUCUGGAGUCAUACAGUGGGAGUACCCGAGUGAGCACCCUUCACAAGGAGGCGAAGAAGCGAUGGAACUGUGUGAUUCUCCUCCACCUCCACCCGCUGUUCCAGCUCCCCCUACACCCCCACCACCACGCAUCUCGUCCCGAUCUCCGUCACCACCAGUUAUUACGGCUACUCCACCUCUUCCCCCCUUACCACCAUCUCCCCCAGUGAUUAGCGAACAGCCUCCACUGCCUCCCCUUCCCCCUUCAGAAUCUCCUCCUCCUCCACCACUCCCUCCCUCUCCUCCUCCUCCUCCACCACCUCCAGUUAUCUCAGUAUCGCUACACACAGGGGAACCACUACCUCCUGGAGUAGAUAUGCCAGAAGAGAUGUAUGAAGCCAAUCAGCCACCUCUGCCUGUUGCACCUCCUCCACCCCCCAAGACUCCACCUCCACCACCACCCCCAGAGACAGAACCUGCGUAUACUAUGAACUACGAUGUAACAGCUGUAGCCUUACACUAUGAUCCGUAUCAGAUACAAGGGGGAUCAGACUACACAGGAAAUGUGUACUCUGCUGAGGCUUCGUACAGUAGAGGUGGAGAGAAUUAUGUGAUAGCUAGACCACCAGCCAGCAACCCCCCACCCAACACUGCAUGUCUUGCUUCUGAACUGGACUCAUUUUACAAUGAGGUAGCAGCACUGGAUCCUCCACCACCCCCUCCUGCUCCUAGCCCUUCCCCACCUCCACCCCCAUCACCACCACCAGCACAGCCUGCGCCAGCUGAACCCACCAAGAAGAGGAAGAAGACAAAAUUGACUCCUGGAUUGGCGUUGAAAAAGAAAGGUGUGUCAUCGUUAGUUGCCAAGUGGCAGCAAGUCCAGCAGGACGUCAGGAGGGAGGAGGCAAAAGAAGAAACAUAGUUUAGAAAUUGUCAAUAUUAUUGUUUAUAUGUACAAAUAUUAUAUGUCAAGUUAUUUUUUUAUGUAUUUAUUGAACAUGUGUGUUUUGAAAACAAAACACUUAAUGUAAAAAAGAAUUGUCACGAUUUAUAUUAAACUGUUACACAGUAAGUUUAUUAUAGCUCAGACAUUGUAAAUAGUUUAAGAAUAAAGACUGCUAUAACAAUAAA